AUGAGGAGGGGCACGACACCGAAUUGGACGAGCAGCAAGCAGGACGCCGGCUCCGACACGGGCCCAGAAGAGCCAGACGGCGGUACAGAGGAGUUCGGUGGCAGCUCGGCGGGACGAAGCGGCGGUCAGGUGAGCUGUGUUGCCCGACGGAGGGACGGUGGCUCGGAGGAGCCGGUGGUGGCUCGGAGGAGCCGGUGGUGGCUCGGCGGGAGGUGAAGCCGGCCAGACGAGCGGCGGUGCUCGGAGGAGGGAUGCACGGAGCCCUCCCCCUAGAGCGGCGGCCCCGUCCCGGGGCGGAGGGGACCUGGAGCCGCGGCGAGACCCGGGUCAUUCCUCAGCAACAGAUUUGAGGCAAGCGAGGAAGAGGGGGCUGCGAUCAAAGGCCUGAGAGGAGAGGAGAAAGAAGCUAUGCAAGCCAAAAUAAUGGCUGCAAUUGAAAGCGAGUCCAACUCAGUCCUGGCUAGCUUUGGAGCUGAAGACCUAGCCAAGAUCAUGCUGAUCACCAUUAAAGCAGCAGUGCCAGCUAUGGUUAAAGUAGUACAGAAACAACUCAGUGCGUCGGUGGACUGCUAUAGGCUUGACAGAAACAUCCUGGAGAGCAGAUACAGUGAGGACGAGUUUGAACAAUGUAGCAGAAAAGAAAAUGUCCGUGUCACAGGAAUUGAUGUAUCACAACAUGAAACGGAGGAACAACUAGUCACAGUAGUGUGUCAACUUGCAACAGCAGCAGGAGUGAACAUCAUCAAAAAUGAUAUCUCCACCUCGCACCGGCUAGGUGCAAGAAAACAAGGAAAGAGCCGACCUACAAUUGUCAGGUUUGUGAGCAGGAGGAAGAACAAAUCAGAGCUGAAAAACAAGGAUGAAUACAAAGAAGUCUACAUCAGUGAUGACCUCACAUGA